AAGUUAGUGAUAGGGGCCUGCGGAAACAUGAAGAGGAUAAAUAGCUGUGUGAAGAAUGAAGAGCAUGUCCUGGAGAAGUUGGAAACAGAAGGUGAGAGGCAGCUGAAGAGCCUCCUUCAACAUCAACUUGAUACCUCUGUCUCCAUUGAAGAAUGUGUCUCUAAGAAAGAGAGCUUUGCCCCGGGUACCAUGUACAAGCCCUUUGGGAAGGAAGUAGCCGGGACAAUGACUUUAUCCCAGUUCCAGACACUACAUGAAAAAGACCAGGAAACUGCUUCUCUCAGGGAACUAGGGCUCAAUGAAACAGAAAUACUGAUCUGGAAAAGCCAUGUUUCAGGUGAAAAGAGGACGAAGCUGAGGGCAACCCCUGAAGCAAUACAGAAACGGCUUCAAGAUAUUGAAGAAAGGAUCUCAGAGCGCCAGCGCAUCCUUUGCCUGCCACAGAGGUUUUCAAAGAGCAAACAACUGACCAGGCGAGAAAUGGAAAUUGAAAAGUCUUUAUUUCAGGGAACUGAUCGUCACUCCUUCCUUAAGGCUCUUUAUUACCAAGAUGAACCCCCAAAGAAGAACAAAGGUGAUCCCAUGAACAACCUGGAAAGUUUUUACCACGAGACUAUAAUGAAAAAGCGUCUUGAAGAGUUCCAACUUAUGAGAGGUGAACCCUUUGCUUCCCACUCACUGGUCUCAGCUACGUCAGUGGGUGAUAGUGGCACAGCUGAGAACCCAUCACUACUCCGGGACAAGGGAAAGCAGGCAGCACAGGGUAAAGGCCCCAGUCUCCAUGUGGCAAAAGUUAUUGAUUUUCCACCUGAGCAGUGUUGGACUGGGCCUAAGAAGCUGACGCAACCAACAGAAUUUAUCCCUGAAGAUGAGAUCCAGAGAAACCGUUUAUCAGAGGAGGAGAUCCGAAACAUCCCUAUGUUUUCUUCAUAUAACCCAGGGGAACCAAACAAGGUAUAGGCCAAAUCAAGAACACAACAUGGGUUGUUCUCACUUUAUUUACC